UACGGUUUUAACAACAGUACUUGUACUUUGAUGCUACGAGUAUUGCCAUUCGAAUACUAGCGUCAAUGAGAGCAACACUCGCAUGUGUAAUCUUGUGUGACGGACUCUGCGAGACUAUUUGGAACCCCAGGGAUAACACCUUCACCUUCUCAAUGUUAUUGCGCUGCUACGGUAGAGACGACGGUAGCGGUUACGUAAAUCAAAGAAUGCGGUGAUCUAUCGCACCGAAACGAGGUGAUGCUCCAGUGCGAAGUUAGGCUAAUCCCAAAUGAAAGUCUCCACCUAAAGUUUCAAUCAUGGAAGAACUGACUCUUGGCUGUGAUGACCAUGCUCGGAUCCGGGACCUAGUGUUCACUGCCAACAAAAAGAGAUUGAAUUCAUUCUUAGGAUUCAAGUCGAGAAAAUCUAGCUCUGAAAUCGGCGCUACGUGUUCCGAAAUUGCUCCCUCAAGUCCAAAGGCAUGUGCGCUCUUAAACUUGUUUCGCUCUGUUAUUUAUAAGGACACCAACAACCCUUCUGAAGAUUCCAAAGAAAAUGAAGAUACCAUUGCCGUCGACGAUAUCUUUCAAGCUCUGCUCAUGAUUGACCCUUCGUAUAUCACUCCCUGGAGUGCGCUCGACGAAUUCGCUUCAGCACUUCCUAAAUAUUCAGGGCCGGUGAUUCCUAUUGCACAAUGUAUUUCAUCGGCCGAAGAAUUCUUUCUCAAUACAGAGUUCCAAUUUGCUCCUUCUUUACGCUACCCUGGUCCAAAAACGAUACCACGGUAUGUUCGAGAAAUAAUGGUCCAAUUUGCUGAGAAACUGAAUUUCCACUCUGGCACAAGCGAGCCGGUUUAUUAUACUCUCGUAUCGCAAUUGGUCCACACGACUUUUACGGUUUGCAAAGGUUGGUCUAGUGACUUAUUCGAUGCCAUGGUCUCAGCUGUAUACCUGCAGCGGCCAACGCAUUCAAAGAUGAAAACCUGGCUGAAACUAGUGCAACUCUCACAAUCAAUAGUUUCAGAUAUUCAAGCAGAAAAAAUAGCGAAAAUUAUGAUGGAUGAAGUUUGUGUUACUUCAAUCGACACUUCCUCAUCACAAGACGUGUUGGCAAUAAUUUCGAUCGCAGUGAACAUGGCAAAUCGAAGUUGUACGACGACUAAAGAUAAGAAAUCUUCGACUGACGUUGGGAAGUUUUGGAGAAGAAGUUUGUUCUUGACAUUGUAUCAGGUUUUGCUCAGUCAAUCAAACGAAUUGUAUGAUCAGGCCGAAAAAAAAAUUAUGGAGGGUAUGACGACGUGGGGUGCCAAGUCCUUAAAGAGUUGGAUUGCUGAAUUGAUUGAUGAUCAUUCUUCGUCCAUGAUUACUCUCAAUAAAACAAUGAUUCCUCCUUGGUUCACUUGCAAUUUUUUAUCCUUAUGCACAGAGAUUUUGAGAGCUGAAGAUAAGCCAAUCCGCUCAGGGCUUCUAAAUUGUAUUGUAAAUCACAAUGUGGAAGACUUGAAGGUUUUUGAAAAAUAUAUUUCAGACAAAGAAUGUAAGUCAAUGUUGAACUUUGUUCUCGGGGAUGGAAAAAGUUAUCUCUGUGAAGAAGAAAUUCACGAAAUAUAUUACAGGAUCGAUGGAACAUUCGAUUUGCAAGGCAGUGAUGCACAUAACGUCAAAUGCCUAAGUGCUUGUGGGAUUCUCGCGUUGCAAAGUCUUCGAUUGAAAGAAAGCAGUAAAAUUCAUGAGUCACCGGUGAAGAAAAGGUAUCCAUCAGACUUCCUUUUUUCUCGUGCAAGACGACUGGUAAAUAUGGCAGAUGAUAUUGUCACCAAUACUCUUGACAGUCAUAAUGUCCUUCACGCAUCGACCUUUGCCAUCGUUGUCAGGACAGUCUCUUACUUCGAAGUGCCUGAACUCCGUUGUUCUCUAGAACAAAGAAUCAAACAAGGUAUAUCUGAGCCGUCGAAGCUUCAAAACUCUUAUUUUGCUACUCUACGCUUGAUCACCGCCUCGGCACUAAAGAUUGACAGUAAUGACGAAUGGAUUGACAGGCGGAGUCAACUCAUCGAUAUGAGUCUCCCUUUCUCUCAUGGAACGUAUCUUGGUUGUGUGUUGGCAACCAUCCCGCUUGCUCAAUUCAGGAUUUUGAGUCGUUCAAAGGAACUGCUUGCACCAUUGAAUUCGCAGUGGGGAAGCGAGAUCGAUCAGUUAGAAAUUAGCGAACAACAAGCUGAAUCAGGGGUACAUCAUAGAACGGUUGACGGUAUGCGUGGAUUGUUAGAACUUAUCCGAAGUGGUCGAUGGAUGAAGAAUGAAGUCGAAGCCUGGUUCAUUCUUUCCGAUUUGCUUGUAAUGGACAUACCGCCACUACCUUUUGAAAGUCGCCGUUGGCUUUUACGUACAUUGACGACUGGUAUCACMGAUGGAGUUUUCAGUAUAGACUCCUUGGAUCAUUUGCUUCGAGCAGCUACCAUUAGAAUUUCGUCAUUCUUUGUCCAAGAUAAUACCUUAUCAAAAAUUGGACACGCUCAACCCCGGAAAAUCGAAGAAAUUAAAACUCUUCACAGAUUGAUAGUGCUUCUUCUAAGAUCCCUUGCAAGCGUGAACAAAUAUAGCGAAAGUCGGCACAUUCUUCUCGCAGAAGGACGUGAAUCGUUUCUACGGGCAAUACUUACGUACAAAAAUGACCGGUCGUCGAGAUAUACGCACCAUGAUGAUGUUUUGAAAAAGUACUAUUCAGACAAGGCCAUGAAUGUCGAUAGCUUUACUUUCUGCUGGUUGCUUUUUUUAAAAGUGAACUCCUAUAUCCUUGGGUAUUCGGUGGCACAAAAUGCCAAAACGGAUUAUCUUGAAAGUUCCUCUAGAGAUCAAGAUACUACUUUCUGUCACUUUGCCAACAGGAUAAAAGACUUCGAAGAGAGCGAGUUGCGUCUCAAAAUUAGGCCUUUUGGGGAUUAUAUAGACCUCCUUCCGUCGUGGUUAAAUGCUGAUUCGGAUAGAGCUCCCUUUUCUGAAAAACAAAACUCCAUCGAACAAUCAGAGACUACAACCCCCACACUUCCAUGGUUGGAUAUUAUAUUAGAACUUCUAUUCUUGGUGCCGUUGCCAACCCGAAAAUCACAUGACUUCAAUGAUCCUCUUCCAUGGAAACUAAUAACAGCGACAGGAUUUUUAAUGAGUCAGAUGAACCCAUGCCUUCUUUCGAUGGAGACAAUCAAAGAAACUGCUGAGCCUUUUCUCUCGAUUUCUUCGCUUUUGGUACGGAAAGCGAUUCGACUGGACUGUGCCUUGUCUGUGAUAGAAGAUUUGUUGGUUCCCACUGUAUCAUAUUGCCGCGCCUUGCAUCUGAAUCUGGAAACAGUUGAUCCCUCGGGUUGUAUCUUAAUGAUUGGCAGCCUUUGGAACCUUUACCAAGCAAUAGCGAGUGAAAAGGCUUGUGUAAAAAUUAUCGAGUACCUGGAGUCGAAAGUUUCAGUAAAUGAAGAAGGUUGUAGCCAACGUGAUCGCGAUGUCUUCUCUUUGACUUCGGUGCACAGUGAGAGUGAUGUCGAUGAAAUUGUACAAAAGCUUCGUCUUUCCUGCCUUCGAGCUUUCCUUAGUUGCUUGUCCUCUAUUUCGAAUUCCGAAGAAAGUGACUUAUGUAUUUCUCGGAGUCUUAUUGGUGGUAUACUCGGAGCGCUUACAACGGAUUUGAGAGCUGGUUUGAACGGAAACAGCGGUGGGCUUCCAAGAGAAUUAUAUCUCACGUUUUGCAUCUUGAUUGAAGAGUGCGCUUCCCUUCUAUUUGACCAGAAAAAGUCGCAGCAAGAUUCCUCAAUUUUCCUCCUUUUCAAAGAGGUUGCUACAAAUCUUGCAAAUAUUCUCACUGUGAUUCCGCUUCGCGAUGCUGCUCUCUUCAGAACCACAUUCAUACUAGCUGCUGCCGUUUUUCCAUCUUUGUGCCGAGACCUGACUCGUCGUAGUCUCUGUAACCCUGAUUCAUCGACCCCGAUAAUUGGUGAUGAAAUGUUUCAGUUCGAAUUAGUUGUAUUCGAUCAGGUUCUAAAAGAUUGUGUAGAGAUUUUGAUCCGUUGGUCGGCACUGCGAGAACCAUACUUGAUCCCUUGGUUGGAUAUUGCAGGGCCUGACCAUUCUGACUUGAAAAUCGAUGAAGGACUGGACGGCAUUAAAUAUCAUGUCAAGUCAAGCGAAGAUGCAUUUGAUGAUGCUAAAGCAGGCAAUGGUGAUAUACCUAGGUUUGUCCACGUACCUUCGCCAUCUAGAAAUCACCAUAAAUCCAGUGGGAGGAUUCGAUUAAAUACAAAGGAAGUCUGGUCUUGGGCUCUUUCUUGUUCGCUUCUUGGGUUAGAACAGAAGUGGCUUGAAUCUGAAAGAACAAUCCAUACCUCAAAUACAAUAGAGAGUAGCGAUUUGAGCCAGGAUUGGUUGGAAGACUGGAAAAAAAAUUUCAGAGCUAGACGAGUAGAACUUCGAAAGUCUUUGGUGGACACCAAUAGAUUCUUCCGUACAUCUCCAGUUCUAUCGCAGCGUGGUCACAACGGUAAUAGAGUUCCACUAGAUAUGGUGGCUACGAACUUACCUUCUGCUCCUAGGUCGAGGCUUUGUUGCCUUAUUGAAUGCGUCUCCCGCGUUUUGGUUUAUUCUGCACAACGCUUGAACUCGUUUUUGUGUGGAGGGGCGAAAGUUUUGGCUCGAGAUUUGUCGAUUUUCGAGUCAAUGUGCUGUUUGUCGGCGUGGCUAUUUGGUGAUGAAGAUAUGGACGAAGAUUUUUUGGUAGGACUCUUUCAAUGGCUCGCGAUCGUGUCGAGGAAGAGGAAUAGGCCCCCAAGUGAAUCGGUAUCCAGCAGAAAUUUCGAUACAGAGGAAUUGUUUCGUCAAGUUUCAAUGGUUGCAACGCAUGUUCAUAAAUUGUAUCUGACACUGAAGGAACUUCAAAAGCAGUUGCGAUCGCAUUAUGCUGCAAACGAGCACUGCGCUUUCUCUAAACUGAUUGGAAUUUUUUUUGGUGAGGAUACGGCGAACGAGAUACUCAGCGGUAUCGCAGUGAAGAUUCAUUCUCUGCAGCAAGUGAUGCCAAAAGAAUUCCAGGUAAACCCAUUACCCGAUUUCCCAUCUAGCAUGGCCGCCGAGACAGAAAUACCCGUGCAGAACUCCCAGAGAUCUGGAAGAAAGCGCACUCGAUCGGGAUCUAUGGUUCCGAGAUGUAAGUCACGGACAACACGACUGCGUCGCAAGAACCGAAACAAAGUUGUUGACAUAUUCAUGGACCUAGAUGGAGGUAUGAACAGUCCUCGGCGGAAUCCAACUCGAGACGCUUAUGCUGACUUAGAAGACUUUUUGGUAGAGGGUUAACCGGGACACCUCCGUUUAGCCCUCUACAGUACUACUGGCUGUGGAGUCAGCAGUAUAAAUACAAGAAACAUUGGAUCAAGGCCCAACAGUUGUUUACCAUUAAUCUUUCACUUUGGGAAUAAAUAUAUAAUUAAUAU